AUCCUUCUGUCUCAAUCUUCAUCGUCGGCAUCUCAUCAUCCCCCCCGCGUCCUUUAAAUUCUCCCGGAAUCAAAACUCCGCUAGAUUCCCUCUCGUCCCCUGUCAAUGAUCCCUCCUCCUCCGAUCUCGCUCUGAUCCAUUUCCCCUGUGCUGGACAAAGUGGAAGCUUCUCCUGAUCAUGGUGAAGGUGCAGCAGCUCGUCGACAACGGCCUCGCCGUCGCCAAAGAAUCAGUGAAGACGAUUACUUACGAGUCCUUAAAUAACAUCGUGAGGUUUAUAAAUGGCGUCUCGGCAAUUCUAUUGACCCUUUUGCCCGGCAAGUCUCCUAUUCUGGAAGGCGUGCAUGGGUGGGAGCUGUGGCCUACUUUCCGAGGACCCCGCCUCCCUCGUUGGAUGGAGAAUGGGGCGUCCUCCUUUAAUCAGUUCAUCCAUGAGCUCUCGGUGGAUUCUGAUACUGGUUCUAGCUUAGAUUACUCAUCCGGGGAAUAUGACAGCGAUGAUGAUGUCUGCCCUCCUUCACCGUUAUCCCAAAGCUCAAGAGCCUCUAGGACCAGUUCCCUCUCUAGACGCAGCAGACUGCAGACAAGUUGGACCAGACAGAUUUUUUCUUGGAUUCUGUUCCCGCUGCAGCUUCUGCUGGCUAUGUUUUCUCGUAUUUUCUGUUUUCUCUCUUUUAGGAAAACAACAGGCUCCUCUCGCUCCAGACCCCAGAGCCCUUCACCGCGCAUAAAUUCCUUAUCGAAAGCACAAAGUCUUAAGGAUCAUUUCAUUCAGAGGACAACAGACAGAAGACGUGGAGUCAUUGAGGAUCUUCAUUUAGCUAUAGAGAUUUUUAUAGAGGCUAUAUUUGAUGCUGUUCACAAGGCUGCACGCUGUUUCUUCUCACCCACAGAAGCUAUCAGAAUAUUACGUGGAUAUUUUUCAUCACACGGCAAUUCUAGUCACAGUACUCAAGUAGCUUCAGAACCCUCAGAUAACACAGCUACACUUGGAGAGGAUGAUCCGUCUCUCUCCGAGAGUAAAACCUCAUUCAGGAACCCCUUAAAUACGGAUGCUAGAACAUGUCAGGAUGUGAUAACUGAGCUAGGGUAUCCAUAUGAAGCUAUCCAUGUCAUCACCGCUGAUGGAUAUGUUCUUCUACUGGAAAGAAUCCCGAGGCGUGAUGCGAGGAAGGCUGUUUAUUUACAGCACGGUGUGUUCGAUUCAUCGAUGGGUUGGGUAUCAAAUGGCAUUGUUGGCUCUCCAGCCUUUGCAGCCUAUGAUCAAGGGUACGAUGUUUUCCUCGGGAACUUUCGUGGUCUGGUUUCCAGGGAACAUGUCGACAAGAACAUUUCCUCUCGACAGUAUUGGCGGUACUCCAUCAAUGAGCACGGGACUAAGGAUAUUCCUGCCAUGAUAGAGAAGAUCCAUGAGGUUAAAACAUCGGAACUGAAACUUACCCAACCCGAGUCCGAGGAAGAAUUAACUUCAGAAGGUGGUCAGCCCUACAGUCUCUGUGCAAUCUGCCACAGCCUCGGAGGAGCCGCCAUGCUAAUGUACAUUAUCACACGCCGAAUCGAGGAGAAGCCACAUAGGCUGUCGAGACUGAUCUUGUUAUCCCCUGCUGGGUUUCAUGGAGACUCCAAUUUAGUUUUCACGGUUCUUGAAAACCUCUUUCUCUUGCUGUCUCCUAUCCUAUCCCUUCUUAUUCCUGCCUUCUAUAUCCCGACCAGAUUCUUUCGCAUGCUGUUGAACAAGUUGGCCCGGGACUUCCAUAACUAUCCUGCUGUUGGUGGGCUAGUCCAGACCCUAAUGAGCUACGUGGUGGGUGGGGACAGCUCGAACUGGGUCGGGGUCUUGGGCCUGCCUCACUAUAAUAUGAAUGAUAUGCCCGGGGUUUCGCUCCAACUGGCACUCCAUUUAGCGCAGAUCAAGCGGUCAGGAAAGUUCAGGAUGUAUGAUUACGGGAGCCCGUCUGCGAACAUUGAGGUCUAUGGGACUCCUGAGCCCUUGGAUCUCGGUGAACACUAUGGUCUAAUCGAUGUGCCGGUUGAUCUGGUUGCCGGAAAGAAGGAUAAGGUGAUUAGGUCCUCAAUGGUGAGGAAGCACUACAGGCUGAUGAAGGAGUCCGGGGUCGACGUGUCUUAUAGAGAAUUCAAGUACGCCCAUUUGGACUUCACAUUCUCCCACCGUGAGGAACUACUAGCUUACGUUAUGUCACAGCUGCUGCUCGUGGGGCCCAGAAAGAAGAAGUCCGACGAGAAGCACCUGCCGGGUCAGAAGUCCAUGAAGGUGAAGAGAAAAUGACAGAUUCCGACUACCGAUUGAAAGGCAAUCUUAAUUUAUUCGAUCGAGCUAUGAACUACAUAGAGGUAAUAUAUGAUUUCUGUGGACUGUCGACAGAAUUUAGUCAUUACGGUUUAGUUCACAGCCUAUACUAUAAGAUUGUAUCGGCAUCGAGGUUGUGCUCUCCCUGCUGUUGUAUUUUAGUUUAAGUUUUGGAAUAGGGGUGCGUGUAAAUUUUUUUGCCCUCCUAAUUAAAUCGGGGAUGGGCUCUCUUGUAAAAGAUUAAUGUACAUAGACUGUUUGGCCUUAAAUUUUCACCACUUAACAGUACUGUGAAA